GAUGUGGCGGAUGGGCUGGUCGAUUGCGACUGGAGAGUUGAUAUCACAUCGUGCAGAACAGACCAUGAAAGGAUGGUGAUCAAGAUCGUGCUGAUCGUAUGUGUGUGUUGCUAUCUUGUCCUUGCAGUCGUGGGCUAUGGCAUUCUCUGGGCACGUAAUCGGUAUAAGCUCAGUCCUCCAGGCCCCAUCAUUGAUUUCCAUCAUCCGGACGGAGGCAUUCGUCCAAAACCAAUCGAAUCUUUCUGCGCUCUUUCAAUCGCAGGUCUUAUUGUCGACCAUUCAGACUGUCUCAUUUUAAGGUCACUCAGCUUAAGCUACUUGGGCUUCUUUAGAAUUAUCAGAAUCAAUAUUUCGCCAACCUUGACGGUCCGGGUGUGACAUGAGCCAUCUUUCCAUCAUAUGACUUGGUAUUGGACACCUCGCCAGCUGCGACUAGAUCAAGCUGAUGUAUCUUUGAUGGCGGCCUAACUUUGAUCUAAAAUUUGGUCAGGAUAGUUAGCAC